UACACUGUGACGUCACUAUGUGGGCGUGAACCUUCGAACAUCAACAAAAGAAGGAAAAAGAGAACAGAGAAUGUCGAGAGCAGUCCAGAAGAAAUAGACGAUUAAUCUGGCACAAGAGAUCGAUUAUGUGGAUAUAACUCUCAUUACCAGUAACUUCACUAACAGUCAAGUGCCAGCAGAGAUGGAUGCUGUCAAACUGAUGAAAGAGCUGAAGGUGAACUAUGAGCAGGAGGCUUCCUAUCUUCCUAAAGAGACUGGACUGAGUCUCAUUGAAUCCACAGAGCAGGGUGACAGCAGGAUCUCAGCCAAGUGUAGAGAUGCCAAAGUGGAGGAUCUCUGGAGUCUGACGAGCUUCUUUGAUUACAGCACACAGACUUUUGUUCUGGCUGUUAACCUGCUGGACAGAUUCCUGGCUAUGAUGAGGAUCCAGCCGAAGCACCUGUCCUGCAUCAGCCUCAGCUGCCUCCACAUGGCUGCCAAGGUGACAGAGGAGGAGUGCAACCUCACACCUACGGACGAGCUCAUCCGCAUCGGACAGUGCAGGUUCACCGUGUCCGACCUGAGCCGCAUGGAGAAGAUCGUAGCAGAGAAGCUCAACUUCAAGUCCAAAGCCAUCACUGCCUUAACUUUCCUGCACCUGUACCACCAGAUCACAGCUUCCUACUGCAGUGACAGGAAGGAGACUCUGAGUCUGGAGAAGCUGGAGGCUCAACUCAAAGCCUGUCUGUGCAGAAUCUCCUUCUCCAAAGCUAAGCCGUCUGUCCUGGCCCUGUCCCUGCUGAAGCAGGAGGUUGAAGCCAUCCGGUCAGAGGACAUGCUGGAGAUCACCUAUCACAUCCAGAGACACCUGAAGAUUGCAGAUGGCGAGCUGCUGCUGUGGAGCGAGCGAGUGGCCCGGUGCCUGUCGGAGUACGCCUCCCCUGAGUGCAGCAAACCCAACCACAGGAAGCUGCAGUGGAUCGUGUCGCGGCGGACCGCCCAGAACCUGCACAGCCACCGCACGGUGCCGGAGCUGCCCACCAUUCCAGAGGGCUGCUGGGACGAGAGCGAGAGCGAGGACUCGGGCGAGGACAUGAUGAGCUCAGGGGAGGAGUCUCUCAGCAGCUCUCUGGGCAGCGACGCCGAGGGACCCUACUUCCCGCUUCACCUCCACCGCCAGAAGGCCCAGCAGUACCUCCACGCCUGAAGCUGCUGCCGGCCCGAGCCGACCCCCCACCCCGCCCUCUUUCAGUGUCUUCUAUAAGCACAGCUUGAUGCAGCUGCGUGUCGUCCUGGUUGUAGAGUUGUCACAUUCCAGGAAACUUCUUCAGGCACAAGUGAAGAACACCAAGAUGUGCUCUGGUCUGCCUCAGUCACACAUUAGACUGCUGGCUCUACAUUUGACCCUUUGCCAAAACUAUUCAAUCGAAUGUUUCUUGAUGACUGUUCUGACUGUCAGACUGUUGGUUGAAGGCGUUCUCCUGGUGUCGGCCUGUAGGUGAUGGCGCCGUGCUCCGGCAGACGCCUGUCUCGCUGUUUCAUUUGCACAUUAUUUUAGAACCCUUUCUUUUGAGUGAAAUGGUGGAACCCGUUUUUGUGGAUGUGUUUGUAUGAACGUGCUUUUAGUCUCAACAUGCCAAUGUUAUGAUGUAGCUGAAAAAUCUCUGAAACUGUUCAGAGAAAUAAUGCUGGAACAGUAUCAAAAAAAGUUAAAAAAUUUGAAAAAUGUUCAUAGAAAAAUGUGUAAAACUGUAAAUGAUGUACAAAAAAAACUGUUUAUAGUUCUCUGUAGAUAUUAACUUAUUUAUUCCUUUUUGUCACCAAAAACAGAAAAUAUAAAAAUACUAUUUUUAA